CUUUUUCCCAAUGUUUUUAUUUAUUACAUUUGUACCCGGCGAGUGUACCGGUCGUGUCCGCACCAGUCGAGUACAGAGUGUACCCCGUGCGCACGACGCCCCGCCCGGCCAUCCAUCCGAGCCCUCACUGUUGCGACUCCUCUUCUGGGUGAUGGACUCUGGUGCAGUGCUCUAGGUGUUCGCGUCGCGAUGGACAACUCCGGGAUGGACUCCGCCAGCGAGCACAGCAGCCACGCGUCCUCGGGCUCGCCGGCCGUCGCCGUCAAGCCGUCGCCGUCGCCGCCCGCCGCCAACAGCAACACGCACCAGGUGCACAGCCCGCGCCAGGCCAGCCCGCUGGGGCCGCCCAUGUCCAUGGCGCACCCGCUGAGCCCGCCGCCCGUCAGCUCGGCCAGUCUGGCCCGCAGCAUGGCUCUGGGCCACCUGCCGCCCCCCGGCUUGGGCUUGCUCAACUCGCUGGGGGUGCUGCACAGCCCUCUGGACCUCAUGGCGCAUCACGCACCGCCACGGUCCUACAACAGCCCGCCGCCGAUUUCCACCUCCGAUCCCACGGCUAAUGAGUGCAAACUGGUUGAUUACAGAGGACAGAAGGUCGCCGCUUUUAUCAUCGCCGGCGAUACCAUGCUGUGUCUUCCGCAAGCCUUUGAGCUCUUCCUCAAGCACCUCGUCGGAGGACUGCAUACGGUUUAUACCAAGCUUAAAAGGCUAGACAUCGUGCCGUUGGUUUGUAACGUCGAGCAGGUCAGGAUCUUGAGAGGACUCGGUGCCAUUCAACCAGGGGUUAACAGAUGCAAGCUACUCUCAUGCAAAGACUUCGAUACACUCUACAGAGACUGCACUACGGCCAGUUCCAGGCCCGGACGUCCUCCCAAGCGAGCGCCGGUGGGCCUCAGCCUCGCAGCAUCGCAUCUUCAACAGCAACAGCUCAAGAAACAACGCCUCGACAACGGUGAUUAUCCGUACGAAAACGGACACAUGGGUGCCGAGUUUCCACUUGACAUAAUGAUGCGAAGAGAUAUGUCAAGACUAGAAAAAUCGCCGCUUUUGGCGAACGGUUACAAUCAUCCUCCUCAUUUAAGUCACAUGCAGUUUAUGCAACUUCCUCAUCCGGCGGCUGCACAUUCGGCACUCUUGUCGCCUGCGAUGCCCCACAAUCUCACAAGACACGACGGCUCCGUUAUAAAGAACCAAGGAAUGCCCACGAUGGAGGCUAUAGCGAGGUCAGGCAUUUGGGAAAACUGCAGGGCCGCGUACGAAGACAUCGUCAAACAUUUAGAAAGGCUGAGGGAGGAGCGGUGCGAUCCCGACAGACCGCUGCCCUUGGACCAGAAAGCCAGGGACCUCAGUCCACGAAACGGCUCUCCGACCGAUCACAGUCCCGUGCUGAAUCUGUCGAAGAGUGGCGGCGGCAGCGCCGGCUCGUUAGGGGACGGCGACCAUUCGGGCAGCGAAGCCGACGGGCCGGACGUCCCGCCGUCGCCGCGCUCCCCCAGGUCCGCCGCCGAGGACGAGGACGACGACAACAUCUCCGACCCGGAGGACGACGACGACAAGGAUCAAGACAUGGACGAGGGCGACCUGCCCCUCCCGGCGGCCCCCGGGGGCGACUCCCAGCAGGCAGCCCUGAACUAUUCGACUCUUGCGAGUGCGGUGGCUUCGGCCAACGGUCCUAGUCAAGACCCGAGCAUUUCCUCGACGGAGACGCUGCUCCGCAACAUCCAGGGACUCCUGAAGGUGGCAGCGGACAACGCCCGCCAGCAGGAACGCCAGAUCAACUACGAGAAAGCCGAAUUGAAGAUGGACGUGCUUCGGGAAAGAGAGGUGAAAGACAGCUUAGAAAGACAACUGGUCGACGAACAAAAAAUGCGAGCACUGGUGCAGAAGCGGCUCCGGAGGGAGCGUCGCGCACGUCGGCGACUCCAAGAUCAACUGGAGGCGGAAGUCAAAAGACGCACCCUGAUGGAAGAGGCCCUUAAGGCGGCGGGGGCCGCAGAACAGCUCAGGAUAAUUAAUGAAAAAGUGGCGCCGAGCGAGCAGAAGCUGAGCAACCCGAAGGUGACCACAAGCUCAACCCCAAACCAGAGCAUCUCGUCGGAGCGUGAGAGGGUAUCGGAACGUGUCGAAAGGAUGGAAAGAGAACGUGUGGAAAGCCCACCGCCGGCAUAUGGGCAGCAAACUGUCCGAGAGCCGCCGCCACCUCCGCCCGAAAAUAAGCCGUGGGGCUAUUCCGGAAUCGACCUCAUGAAUACCGGAGCCGCCUUCUGGCAGAAUUACUCCGAAUCCUUAGCACAAGAACUCGAAUUGGAGAGAAAAUCCCGGCAGCAACAAGUUGAGAGAGACGUGAAGUCACCGCUUCAAGAUCGUUCCGGGUAUUACAAAAAUUCCAUGCUGUUCACAAGCACGGCUACAUAAACAUAACGUACGAGUUUUGCUUAGAUAAAAGUAUAAAGUAGGUUUUAGAUCAGAGCGUACAGUGCUUAGCAAUGUUUCGAUUGGUAUUAUGCAUUCGUUUUAAACGAGAUAUUAAGUUUUUUCCUUAAAAUACGUCCAGUGUCGUGGAGCAUAUCAGUUAGUGAUUGUUUGAUUUUUAAGACUGAUUUUGGGCAUGGAGAGGAACGAUAACAAUUUCAGUACUUAACUUUUCUUAUUGCUCAGAAUUCGCACUUCGUGUACAUAAACACACCUGUAUAUAAUUUCUAUUUUGUAAUCCAACCCAAUUACUUUACUAUGACUGUUUGGAAUUAUUCUAAUUAAAUAUCUCCGCUUUACAUGUACAUAUGAGCGUCAGUAUAAACCUGUAGAAAAGUCAUUUUUCAUGUAACAACGCAGAAUAGAAGAUUGUAUAUUAAAAUUUUUAUAAAGUUAAAGUUUUGCAUAUCCAUGUGAACUUUCUACGAUAUGAUAUGAACAUAAAAUUCAUUUGUACAUUAUUUCGUAAUCUGAAAUGUUUUACACAGUGUAGGAUUUUCUGACGAAAAGUAUACGCCAUUUUGACAAUCAUUGUCAGAAAUUUUUCAAAUAUCAAUAUUGUCGUUUGUUUACACUCAGUAUUAUUCAGAUUAGGUGCAAUACUGAACCACAAAUUGUACGAACGGUAGUGUUCUUAAUAUAGCACAGUUUUUUUCUUACUUGCUUGUAUCAUAAGUAGGCUAGUUUAUAAACUGUUCGUGUUAGACUAUGUAAGAGGCAGUGUGUAUGUAUUUAUUGUAAAUAAAUGUAUGUGUGUGCCUUGUAGAAAAUAAAACAUAAAAAUUUCGAAA